AUUUUAACAUGUUCAAACCAUCCAUAAAAAGGCUUGGAUUUGGAGCUUUUACAUAAGCUCAGGGGUGAAAGUGAAAAUUUGCAUAAACAGAAAAUAUCUUUGACCUUUUAGUACAUAGUAACCGAAGGUUUUCUUGGGCAAAGGGUUCUACGAUCUACAGAACAAGAGCGUUUUCGGGUCCCAAUGAUCUUAAUGCAAGGAGCUGUUCGUCCUUCUCCUUCUUAUCUGACCCGUUUCGCUCGUUUGACCCGACAUCUAUCUUCCUCAAACACUAAACGUUCCUCAAUUCCAGUUUACAGUUAUGGGAACUCUCGCUAUCGUCUUCAAUCUAACCGCAUUUAUUCAGAUGCUUCCCUGCAGUCGAAUUCAAGCGUACAGAAAGGAGAGAAGAUAACUCUCGAGCAACCAGAAAUCAUAUUCAUGGGGACAGGAACCAGUGAAGGAGUCCCACGAGUUAGCUGCCUUACUCACCCCUUAAAGAAAUGCCCGGUUUGCUCAAAAGCUGUAAUACGUGGAAAUAAGAAUAAGAGACUCAAUACAAGCCUUCUUAUUCGUUAUCCUAAACCUUCUGGCAUAUCUAACGUUCUUAUAGAUGCUGGCAAAUUUUUCUACCAAAGUGCUCUUCGAUGGUUCCCUACUUACGGAAUAAGAUCAAUAGAGGCUGUUAUUAUCACUCAUUCUCAUGCUGACGCAAUUGGAGGUUUAGAUGAUCUUCGUGACUGGACAAACAACGUCCAGCCAUAUAUUCCAAUUUAUGUAGCCAAGCGUGAUUUUGAGGUGAUGAAAAAAACACAUUACUAUUUAUUAGACAAAAGCGAGAUCAUACCAGGGGCUGCUGUCUCUGAGUUGCAAUUUGAUAUCAUAGAUGAAAACCCUUUCACUGUUGACGACAUUAAGUUCACUCCUCUGCCAGUGUGGCAUGGUAGUAAUUAUCGUUCCUUAGGUUUCCGCUUUGGCAACAUUUGUUACAUUAGUGAUGUCAGUGCAAUACCCGAUGAGACUUACCCCCUUUUAAAAGAUUGUGAAAUACUUAUAAUGGAUGCAUUGAGGCCAGAUCGAUCUUCUUCAACGCAUUUUGGACUUCCACAGGCUUUGGAAGAAGUUCAAAAAAUCCAGCCAAAAAGAACCCUCUUUACAGGUAUGAUGCAUUUGAUGGAUCAUGAAGAAGUCAAUGAAAGGCUCUUGAAGUUGAGAGAAACCGAAGGUUUAGAUGUACAACUCAGUUAUGAUGGGCUUCGUGUUCCUAUAAACCUAUAAUAUCGACACAUUCAUCACCAUAUAAACACUAAUUAUUGCAACUGAUUUUUCCGUUUAAGAGCUAUUAGACAAGAGUGAAGCAUAUAUUUUAUAUAAAUGAAUCACAUCCGUUUUAGAUGAUAUUGAUAGAAUUUGAAUAGAUCUACAUGUAAAAAUCAAAGUUUUAAUGAUGCUUUCACGUGUUAUUUGGGAUAUCUUUCAAAGGAUAUGAUGCCUUUUUAUGUUAAGACAAAGUAAAUGUAAUAGAAAUGUGCUUUUAGCUAUGAGAAUAUACUUUUACAAUCAACAUGACAUGUGAUAAAUUUAUC